AUGGCAAGAAGGUUAUCACUAGUGAUCUUUUUAGGUCUUCCAGGUGCAGGGAAAUCAACUCUGUGCAAGGAAUUAUUCCAUAGUGUGGAGAAUAAAGAAAAUUCUAGUGCUAUUUGCCUGAUUCAUGUCUGUUUUGAUGAACUGAUACCUCUAUCUCUCCAAGAGAAAUUUGUCUUAAUGAAGCAAAGUAAGUUAGAGCAUGAUGAUGAGGGGGAGAGUUGGAAGUCAACACGUCGUGAUGUUUACAAUAAAGUAGACAGGCUUGUUGAAUGCUUAAGAAAUAACACCACUGAUUUGGAAGUCUUCAAGCUUUUUGGUAUUGUGGAAAAACGAGAUGCUAAUGUGGAUUAUGUAAUUCUUUUAGAUGAUAAUUUUUAUUAUAGAAGUAUGAGGUAUGAAUAUUUCCAGCUUGCUAGAAAGCAUAAUAUAGGGUUUUGCCAGUGUUACUUAGAAUGUACAACUGAAAUUGCCAUGCAACAAAAUCUAAGCAGAGAUAUUCAGGUGCCAACAGCUGCAAUUGAAGCCAUGGCAAAAAAUCUCCAACCUCCCCAGCCACAAGAGUUAAUGUGGGAGUUUAACACAGUUGUGAUUUCAUCGAAGAGCCCAGACAGAACAGAUGCAGUAUGGGAUGUUAUAGAGAAGUCUCUGGAGUCGCCUGUACCACCCCUUGAAAACCGAGACUUAGAGAUAGCUGAAGCACGUCUCAGGUGCUCGCUCAGUGUAGCCCACCAAGCAGAUUUAAUUUUGCGCAGUCUGGUGGGAACACUAAUCAGAGAAGCAAAGGCAAACAAGGACUUCCCUACCACCAAGUUGCCGGAGUUUUCACGCAAGGUAAAUUCUGGACGUCAGAGCAUUAUUGUUGCAGUUAGAGAAGGGUCCCUCAGGUUCCCAUCCCAUUUAGCAGAAGAAGUGUGCGAAGAGAAAAAACAGGAAUUUUGUGCAUUUUUGAGAUCGGAAAUGGAGAAGAAACUGAGAGAUCAGUCACCAAAUUGUUGCGAGUGAGAACUAAAAAGUGUUGUUGUUUAAUAGUGGAAAUUUUGUUUUGAGUGAAUUGUAUUGAAAUGUGCUCUUAUAAUCGUCCCGAAAAGAUGUAUAUUUAUGUCUUUCAGAAGAUGAAAAAUAUGUAAAUAAAGUAUUACUAAGUA